AUUAAAAAGAACGAUUGUAAAGUACCGCAAGGGUAUACAUUCAGUUCUUAUAUAUAUUUCGUCUCUUUUUCAUUUGUGUUUCUUUCCCUUAUUUUGUUCUUUCUCUCUUUCUUUUCCCCUCUUUCUCUCUCUCUCUCUCUCUCUCUCUCUAACUCUCUCUUUCUCUCCUCCCUUUCUCUCUCUCUUUCUGACUCAUUCACGUUGCACUCGUUUGUACUGUAUCAGCCGUGGUCAUAGUCAUAGUCUUAAUCCAUCCUUUCGUUUAUAUUCAUUUCUAUCUUUCUCGCUUUCCGUUCUUUCUUCUCUGUCUUGUCAGGUCAUCUCCUUUCUCAGUCUUUCUUUCUUUCUCACUCUGUUCUUCGAUGCAAAGCAGAAGAAACCCCCGCGGUUGCUCGUUCGUUCUCAAAAGUCUUACUCUCGUUGUCACGCGCUAAAAAUACUCCCGCACAGUCUUCCGAGGGUGUACCAUGCCAAAGGUGUACGGAAAUUAGGACGACAAAAGCAGUCAACGUCGACCUGGAACUGUCAUGGAACGGCUUUCGAGAGUGGCAUGUUAUUUUCGAUGGAUGAGGAACGCAAUACCUCAUGAUGCAAGUGAAGCGGAGGACGAACAUAAAACUGUCGAGAAUGAACGGUAUCGGAAUGUCGGGUGCAAUUUCGAAGGCUCUAGGCGGCUUUGUGGCAUUUUGGAGAGUAUCCUUCUUUGGGAGAACUCUAUGAACAGUAUAUCCGUCCUCAUCAUAUUCAAUAUACUGUUUUGGGGCAUUAUUGUAUUAGAAAUUCGUGGUCUUGCUGCAGCUAGCAGUGCUGCACUGAUCAUUAUACUCUGUUAUAGUACCUUGGAAGCUCAAGUUCAGAAGGAAAAUAAAGCAUUGGACACAGCUGCUUCCUAUGCAAAAGCAGAGCAAAUUGAAAAAAUAGGAAAAAUAAUAAAAUCUGCAAUUCAUUGGUUGAAACAGUUAAGGAAAGAGCAACCAGGAGUGUUUUGUACUGCAGUAUGCUUUCUUUCUUUGGGCCUAUGGAUUAUUGGUCGUACUAUAAAUUGUAUACUUCUUACAUAUACAAUAUGCAUGAGCAUUUUACUUGGACCUCCGUUGCUGUUGAAGUUACCUAGCAAAAUGGUAGUACAAAAAGAGUGGGAUAGUGAAAUAGAAGAAUUUUUACCAGCAGUAACUGAAGACAAUCUUCAAGUUCUUACAAGAGCUGGAGAAUCAGGGGAUCAAUCUCCAACACCGACAAGUGUAUUGUCUGAUGCUCAAAAUGAUCUUCUAGGUCUUAAGAUGCCAUCACAUGAAGAUGGAAGUACUGAUGGUGUAGAAGUUUCUGAAUUAGACCUUAGUGCUGAAGAAACUGAUGUGGAUGGUAUUAAAUUUCAAAGUGGCCAUUUUGAGAAAGGAUCAUCUUCUGAAGAAGAAGCAGAACUUGAACCAAUAUCAAGUAAACUAGUUAUUCAUAGUGAUGAAAGUGGUAGCGAAUUUGAAAUAAUUGAUGGUCAAGAUAUUGAUGAUUUAGACGUUGCAUGAAAAUAACUGAUAUAUGAACUGUGAAGUUAUUAUGCAGAAUAGGAUUAAGUCGAGAGGUGACUUUGUUUGGAUAAGAAUUAAGUAAAAUAAUUAUUUUAUUAUAAUUUUAGCUAUUUGCUUAUUUACAAAUAUUUGUGCAAAUCUAACAUAACACAGUUUUGGAUAAGCUAAAAGGAUAUUAUUUUUAUUACUACAGAAAUGAUACAAAUUACUUCUUUAAAUUUAUAAAAACUUUAAAAAAUUUAUCAGUAAAAUUUAGAUAUUCUUCUUAUGUUGUGCAAAUAAUAGCUUCUCAGUAGUUGCAUUGAUGUAUACUUAUACUAAAGUAUAUUCGUGAAAUUGUACAUAUUAUGUGCAACAGAGAGAAUUAUCUUAAUUUUUAUUUUUGAAGAUAUACGAUUUUUUAUGUAUAUAUAUAUAUAAAAGAUCAAUUAUCAAAAAACUUUGAGGGAAAGAGAUAGAGAUGAGCAAAUAAAGAUUGUCAAUUUCAAUGUCGCUUUGACCUUCAUGGCCAAAAAUGGUUUUGUACAUAUGUAUCACACACAGAAAAUAGUUACCUGCGAAUUAUAAUUAAGAAAUUAGAAACUACAAUGUCCAUUGUGCAGCAGGUAGAAAAUAGAUAAAUAUUAUCAUAGUAAAUAUUUACUCCGUUUUUGAUAUUACAAAAAU